CAGUGUUGCGCCUGUCGAUUUCUUUACUUCCUCCUUCAGUUUUGCUGAUUCGAAGACUUUGGCGAGUGGAAAAUUAUCAUGUAUCGGUCACAUAAUCCCAGUGCUCCAGGAAUGCAUAACAUAGGAAGUUCACCAAGUGAUAGCCAUGUGAGGGUUUCGUAUAAAGAGAAUCCUGGAUUUUUCAGUAAAGUGCAGGAAAGUUUCUGUGCAUCCCUGUUUGGAAUUCUUCUUGUUAUUGUGUCAUUUCCUGUACUUUACUGGAAUGAGGGAAGGGCCGUACAAACCGCAUUAUCUUUGGAUGAGGGUUUGAGACAAGUAGUUCAUAUUGAUUAUGUUGACCAAAUUAGUCCUGAAUAUCAGGAUAAACUGGUUCACCUCUCUGGCAGUCUUCAGACAGACAGAGCACUGAGUGACUCAGACUAUGGUGUUGCAGUCAAGGCUGUCAAACUCAGACGAAAGGUUGAAAUGUAUCAGUGGGUGGAGCAUAAACAUACCAGGGAAUAUGACGAAGGAGAACGAAAAAGAGUAGAAACCACCUUUUCAUACACCACUGAGUGGAGAGACACCAUUAUUAGGAGUGAUGGCUUUGAUAACCCUGCUGGGCAUCAGAAUCCAAACAGUAUGCCAGUACAGUCAUACAUCAAGGAGGCAGACUCUGUGAGAGUUGGAGCAUUCAGUCUGUCCAGAGGACUUAUUGGAAAAAUAGAUGUAUUCCAACCGUUAAGUCCCCGAGAAGUUCCUCAUGGAAAGAUGAUUUCUAUUCAUAACGGGAUGUUUUAUCAUACUAUGGACCAAUUUCAUCCUAAAGUGGGAGAUGUAAGAGUCCAGUUUUCUUAUGCUGGGCUAAGUGGGAAGCCACACUCAGGUUUGGGAGAUCCAAUGAAGGUAAGUAUUGUAGCCCGACAACAAGGUGGAAAAUUAUCACAUUAUCACACAAAAUCUGGCGAUUCAUUGGAGCUUCUCUAUCCUGGAGAAAUGAGUGCUGAGGAGAUUUUUGAAGCCGAACAGUCUGCCAACACGGCUCUAACAUGGGUUUUUAGGGGGGUAGGCUGGGUCAUGAUGUUCGUUGGAUUUCAGAUGAUGACCAGUAUUCUUGUUGCUUUGAGUAAGUGAUCACCUCUUCCAUUU